CCCAAGCCUAGGGCCUCAUAUUUUAGGGGCCUCAAAAAAUUUUAUUAUGUAGGCCUGCAGAAAAAAAAAAAAAAAAAAAAAAAAAAGAAUCAAUCUAAACCACUUUGUGUCUUCGUACACGCAACAUGACCCUAUGUUUUCAAUAUUUCCAUAGUUCCAUCAGAUUGAGACGCAAAGCAGUAGAGAGGAGAUGAUUUUCCUCUUUCUAAGUUCAAGUUUUUGAAGCUCUUUCUCAAUCCAAGACAAAAAUCCAAUUAUGAUUGAACAUCUCAGAAGGUUUCCUCGGUGGCUAUCGAAAAUCCAAUUGUGAUUGAGAGGAUCAGAUGAAAAAGUAAAUUCAAGAGACUGAAGAGUUGAUUUUAUCUUCCAAAAACGCAAAAAGGGGUUCAAAUCAUUCAAUUGUUGAAAUAAGAGAAGCUUUGAUUCACUUGGUGAAUGGUAAAGAAGAUGUCAAGACAAAAAGUGAUGCUGAGACUUUAGCAACAUAUAAUCUUCAGAAUUUUAAGUUCUUGUUCGGUAUGAUUAUAUGGUAUGAAUUGUUACAUGCUAUUAACAAUGUCAGCAAAGUUCUGCAAACUGAAGAUAUGCAUGUUGAUACUGCCAUCAAAGAAUUGGAACGUCUUCUUUCAUUUCUUCAAAAGUUUAGAGAAACUGGAUUUGAGGAGUCCUUGAUUGAAGCUAAAGAGAUUGCAAGUGAGAUGGGGAUUGAACCGGUAUUCAUGGAAAAACGGACAAUUCACAAAAAGAGACAAUUUGGUGAAAGCUCUAGCGAAGCGGUGACACAAUUAGCUGCAGAAUCCUUUAAAGUCAAUUAUUUUCUCUACAUAGUUGAUCAAGCUAUUUCCUCAUUCAAAACCAGGUUUGAGCAAUUUAAGACUUUUGAAGAGAAUUUUGGGCUUUUGUUUGAUUUGGACAAGUUAAGGUCUGCAGAUAGAGAUAGUUUGAAGAGUUUUUGUGCUAACCUAACAAAUUUAUUGAAGCAUGGCGAGAUUUCUGAUCUUAAUGAAGAUGAUCUAUAUCAUGAUUUACGAAUGUUGAGUGAAGAUUUACCCAAUGAAACAAAAAGAGCUAUUGAUGUGUUGAAUUACAUAAAAGAAGUUGAUGGCUGUUAUCCAAAUGCUUGGAUUGCUUAUAGGAUUUUGCUAACUAUACCAGUCACAGUUGCCUCUGCAGAAAGAAGUUUUUCAAAGUUGAAAUUGAUCAAAUCUUACCUUCGGUCUACUAUGUCACAAGAGAGAUUGAGUGGUUUGGCUAUGAUAUCUAUUGAAAAAGAUAUUGUUGGAAAACUUGAUUAUGUAAAUUUGAUUAGUACCUUUGCAUCUAAAAAUGCAAGACGAGUCAUAUUUCAAUGAUACUUUGAAAUUGGGAUAUUAUUUUCUUUUGUAA